CUCCCUUGUCCAGAGACUUCACGCAACAACCUCUCAAGACACGAGUCCACAAGCGUUCUAUUGAAGCCUGCCCAUUGCAGCAUACAGGAAUCUCGAUCAUCCUUUUCAGCGUACUCGAAAGCCGAUCUUACGAUGUCAGCGCCUUCUGACUCGGACAUUGACAUCGCAGGCGAUGUCAGCGAGAACAGCGAUGCUCCGGCGGAGUCUCCCGCCUCAUCCGUCAGCUUAAACAGCAUGCCCUUGGAGAUUCUUGAGCAGAUCCUUCUCUACGUUUGCCCUGCAAAUGAUAUAGCAAUACUCCCUUCGGCAUCCACUUACGCCUAUCCGUACCCCCCCUUGACUCUCAGCUGGGUAUGCAGGUAUUGGAGAGCAGUCACCUUCGCAAACCCUGCUUUCUGGACACCCUCCUGGAUCAUGAUUUUUAUGGGAUGCUAUGAGGAUAGAGGUAUCGAGCGUAACGUUUGCAGGCAAGCUGUCACGGGUAUCGCUUUGCUUGGUCGCUACUUCGAGAGGUCCGGCUCCCUGCCUUUGCCCAAAGUCACUUUCAGUGGAGAACUGGAGUCGUACGAGACUUGGCAAGAUACGAUCGGCGGGCUCGUGCGUUGCAUUGUGUCCUCUGCGCAUCGCUGGCAGAAGUGCGCUAUGCCGAAUUACGUCGCUUCUUGGCUGUCGAUCACUCCUGAUGCCGCUCCGGACCCCGUCCUUCUCGAAGAGGUGGUUUUGGAGGCGGAAAGCGCUGAUACGUGCGAGCGCCUGGACUUCUUUCGCAGAGCACCACGCCUGCGCCGGUUGACAUCCCAUGUGAAGUGCAGGAGCCUUAAUAUCCUGUCAAUGCCAUGGCGACAGCUGACACAAAUCUGUAUAACUCCGUUCAUGUCGGUCAGGUACUUUAUGUGCUUCAUCGGGCACUGCGAGCAGCUCGUCGACCUUCAAGUAUGUCUGCGCAGAAGCUCUUUUCCUACAGCCCCCCUCCCAUCAUUCGACAGCGUGACGCUCCCGAAACUCGACACCGCUACCUUCGCCCUGAACAACGAAGACAUUCUGUCAUUCCUCUUCUCGACCCUCAUUACUCCCCGGCUCACAUUCCUAUCGCUCGUGUACUCAUCCCCAGCAGAGGAGGCGCGCCGCAACGCAGAUCCGGGCCGCGAAGUGCCGGAGGGACAUCUCUGCCUCCAGCGCUGGCCGUCGAUCGCGUUCUAUCGGUGGCUCGCGCGCUCGCAGUGCACGCUGCAGGGGUUUGUUCUCGCACAGAUCAUGAUGCCGCGCGACCAACUCGUCUGGAUCCUGGAGCAGCUCCCGCACCUCCAGCAUCUCUCUAUCCAAGAGCUCGUGGAGCGUCAGCCGCCGUGUCCGGUCCUGGGUCACCAGCACGCCUCGUCCAUCGACGAUAACGUCCUGCGUCGUCUCACCGCGCCGCUCGGUUGCAAUCCAACGCUUCUGCCCGAGCUCAGGGGGCUCACGGUCGCAGGUGUACUCGAGUUUGGUGGUGAUGUACUUCUAGACAUGGUCAAGUCGAGGGUCGACCUGAACCUCGAAUCUCCUUCACACCUCGAGUUUCUCUGCGUCUAUCCCGAGAUAUGUUCGACCACGGAACUGGAUGACUCGACAGAGAUGCAACUCGAGGACCUUUUGGGCGACAAGUUCAUACAACCUGAGAGCGCCAUUAUCAUCCGUUCACAGAGACGUGCUAUGGACUUCAAGGAGCGGCCCCAAGCAUUGACAUACCGAUACCAGCCUGAAUUCAUGGAAUAGUACAUCAUCUGACACCUGUACACAGUAUACAGUGACCAACAUGUAACUUAUCGGAAUACAGUGGAUAGCAUAUUAUACCAUUACUGCCUCAUCCUCCAGAGAAUUAUGUAAAAUAAGGGCGGGAAAUUUACUUCUAGUGAAAG